CACGUGGUCAACUUGAAUUUGAUUUACUGUGUAGACAGUCUCCAUGAUGCCAGAAAUCGGGCUUCUGAGAGAUCCACAGGGGAGUGGACCCGGGGCAUUUCGAAGCCGAGGUCGAGCACUCGGUGCGGCCCUACAGUCUUGGAUCCCGCUUGUUUCUUUGUUGUUGUAGACCGACUGCUUUCCGUCUUCUAUCUUUUUGAGAUCACUUACAGUAAGGCCAUCUGCAGUGGACCAACGACUUCCAAGGUUCCACAGGAGACUGCAGAGCAUAAACACCUUCGCCGACCAGUCAACGCAAAGUCACCACCGCCGAAGAUGACUCGGAGUGGAUCAGCCCGGGCUCAGUCCAAAGCGGGUGACUUCGAGGCUGUCCGAGAGUCCAUAAUCAACCUCCUCAAGCAGCCCGAGUACGAUGAUGGCUCUGCAGGACCCGUCAUCGUGCGUCUGGCAUGGCACUCAGCAGGCACGUAUGAUGCCGAAACCGACACAGGAGGGUCGAACGGCGCUGGCAUGCGCUACGAAUCCGAAGGCGGAGACCCAGCGAAUGCCGGCUUGCAGCACGCCCGCCUCUUCCUCGAGCCGGUCAAGCGCGAGCACCCCUGGAUUACGUAUGCGGACCUCUGGACGCUGGCGGGCGUGACAGCCAUCAAGGCGAUGGGUGGACCAGAUAUCCCGUGGUAUCCAGGGCGCACCGACUACGUCGACGACUCCAAGCUCCCGCCGCGCGGCAGGCUGCCCGACGGCAGCCUCGGGGCCGACCACAUCCGGGCAAUAUUUUACCGAAUGGGGUUCAACGACCGGGAGAUCGUCGCGCUGAGCGGCGCGCACAACCUGGGUCGCUGCCACGCCUCAAACUCUGGAUUCGAGGGCAAAUGGGUCAACAACCCGACCAGGUUCUCAAACCAGUACUUCCGCCUCCUCUUGAGCGAGGAGUGGAAGGAGAAGAAGCUCCAGUCGGGCGUCGUGCAGUUCGCCGCAGUCGACCCGGUCACGGGGGACGAGCUAAUGAUGCUGCCGACGGACAUGGUGCUGAUCAGGGACGAGGAAUUCUUGAAAUGGGUCAGGGUCUAUUGCAAGGACAAAAACGCCUUCUUCGAGGACUUCAAGAACGCCUUCCUCAAGUUGAUGGAGCUGGGUAUUACCCGGGACGCCGACGGCAACAUCACAAAUACUGACAACGAGAAGGGAGGCUACCACAGUGCCCCAAAGAAGUCGGAGCAGCUUGGGCAGCCAAACGAGGUUCAAGGCAAGGGCCAGGUGGGAAGAGAAGCAGAGCCUCUUGCUAAACAGAAUGAAGAAUACAGGGCGAGAGCGAGGCUGUAAGCGCCGUCAAUUUCACUCGACUUGGCAGGGCACGUGUUCCCUACAUGUUUCACCUUAGCUGUGUACCAUUUUAUAGACGGAGCACUGGAG